AUGGCCGUGGCCCGCACAAUGCGACGCACGAACCCCAUCACGCUUCUCCUGGCCGCCCUGCUGGCCUUCGGCUUCCUCGUCUUCCUCUUCUCCCCGUCGUCGUCCUCCGCGACCCCCGUCGGCGCAGGCACCUCCACCUCGCAGCAACGACGCGAAGACGCCGCCGAGAACCCUCUCUCCCCACCGACGAAACCCUUCCUGAAGUCGCAGCCCGUCCGCCAUGACGGCCAGCAAGCGCCGCCGCCCGUCGUCCACUACGACCUCAACAAGCUCAGCAGUACCAGCGACUCGGCGGCCAAGGGCGAGCAUAUCCUCAUCCUAACCCCGAUGGCACGCUUCGUCCCCGAAUACUGGGCCAACGUCGCCAAACUAACGUACCCGCACGAGCUCAUCUCGCUCGGCUUCAUCAUCCCCAAGGACAAGGCCGGCAACGCGGCGGUCGCCGCGCUCGAGGACGCCGUCCGCAAGACGCAGGCCGGCCCGCUCGCCCAGCGCUUCGCCAGCAUCUCCAUCCUCCGCCAGGACUUCGACCCGCCGCUCGCCUCGCAGGACGAAAAGGAGCGCCACAAGCUGUCCAACCAGAAACUCCGCCGCGAGGCCAUGUCGCGCGCCCGCAACAGCCUCCUCUUCACCACCCUCGGCCCCGCCACCGCCUGGGUCCUCUGGCUCGACGCCGACAUCGUUGAAACCCCCGCCUCCCUCAUCCAGGACCUCACCGCGCACAACUACCCCGUCCUCGUCCCCAACUGCUACCAGCGCUACUACAACGCCGAGUCCCGCAAGAUGGACAUCCGCCCCUACGACUACAACUCCUGGAUCGACAGCAGCACCGCCCAGGCCCUCGCCGCCACCCUCGGCCCAGACGACAUCCUCCUCGAGGGCUACGCCGAGCUGCCCACCUACCGCACCCUCAUGGCCCACCUCGCCGAUACAGCCAACCCGAACCCGCGCAAGGUCAUCGAACUCGACGGCGUCGGCGGCACCGCCCUCCUCGUCAAGGCCGACGUCCACCGCGACGGCGCCAUGUUCCCCGCCUUUCCCUUCUACCAUCUUGUCGAGACGGAGGGCUUCGCCAAGAUGGCGAAGCGCUUGGGGUAUUCUGUGUAUGGCCUGCCGGACUAUUUUGUGUAUCACGAGAAUGAGUAA